GGAAGCUGCUCCGCGGUGGGAUUUAUCGUCCUAAAAGGUCGGAGGAGUUGGACUGGACUUGUAUUGAGACGGCAAUGAUAAAUUAAAACACACAAAAAAAUGCCCUCUGGACUCGGGUUGUUUUCGAUGUGGACGGUGUCUCGAAGUGCGAUGGCAGAAGUCCAGUGAAUCGCUGGCCUCCCCCCUCCUCCUCCUCCUCCUCCUCUCCUCCUCCUCUCUUGUGUUGGAUGUCUUGGGGAGUGCACUGCUUUUCUGGUGCUUUUACAUUUUUUAUUUUAGGAGGUUUUUUAUUUGUAAUUCAUCACUCUUGCUCAAUUUUGCCCUUUUUAUUGUAAUAUUUUUAACGGAGUGCUCGCCACCAUGGACAGACCAGGGUUAGGAAUAGGAGUGGCUAGCUAAGUCGAGCGUAAUGUGGUUAAAUGGGACAGGAACGUGUAGACCGUGAGGAUUCUCUAACCCUUGCCCCUGAGUCCCAACCGUCUGAGAGGGUGUCGGACCUCACUGAGGCAAUCCUGGGCCGUUGGCACUAAAAUGUCCCUAAGUGGUGGCACUGCAGGCGGGAAAGGUGUGGACUCUAAUGCGGUGGACACUUACGACAGCGGGGAUGAAUGGGAUAUCGGUGUUGGAAAUCUGAUUAUUGACCUUGACGCUGACUUAGAGAAGGACAAACUUGAGAUGUCUGGCACCAAGGACGGCAUGGCGGCACCACCCAGUGCAGUGGCAGCAUUGCCUGACAACAUCAGGUUUGUUAGUCCAGUGUCUGGCUCUCAAGGCAAGGAAAGCAAAUCCAAAUACAAGCGCAGUAAGAACUCUAAAGACAAUAGUAGCAAAGCUUCAACGGGAGAUGGGGGUAAAAAAGAAACUGCGGGACGGACUCAAGGGGAGCCAACAGGCACAGCAGUGAGUGCAGGAGCUGCUGGAAACAAUUCCACUUCUGGGAAGAACAUGGAAAAAGGAGGCAAAGCCUCCAGAGGUGUUCUGAGUGGUAAAAAAGAUAAAGAAGGGGCUAGUGGGAAAAGUAAGAAGGACAAAACAGAUGGAGCCCCAGCCGUGGCAAUAGCUGCUGUGGAGAAGGAUGUUGUGUCUCAAGCCCAAGUUGCUUUGGGGAAUAGUCGUAAUACGUCCUUUGAGAACACACAAUCAACAGACUUGGCAGAAGCCAAUCAAAUGGGGAAUAUUGCACUUGAACCUGUUGGGAUAGUACCAGCAUUGACCACAAAAACUGAACCAGAGGAGGUAGAAAAUGGUAAUAAUGAAUGCAAGGCGUUAAAGAAAGUGAAGAUUGAAAAGAUGGAAUCUCCUGUCUCCACACCAGCCCCUCCCCCUCUCCACCUCCUGGCUACAGUAGGCAACAGUGAGAUUGCCUCGCCGUGUGAGCAGAUAAUGGUUCGUACACGCUCGGUGGCGGUGAACACAUCAGAUGUGGCCCUGGCUACCGAACCUGAGUGCUUGGGGCCCUGCGAGCCUGGUACCAGUGUCAAUCUCGAAGGCAUUGUUUGGCAGGAAACUGAAGAUGGCAUGCUGGUGGUCAAUGUUACUUGGAGAAACAAGACAUAUGUUGGCACCCUGUUGGACUGUACACGGCAUGACUGGGCUCCACCUCGGUUUUGUGAAUCACCUACAAGUGAUCUGGAGAUGAGAAAUGGUCGUGGUCGAGGUAAGCGAAUGAGACCGAAUAGCAACACCCCUAUCAACGAGAACAGCAAUUCAUCUGACAACAAGGGCACCACCAACAACAAGACGCGUGCAGCCUCUAACAGCAAGGGCCGAAGGGGCAGCCAGACACCAUCAGAGCGCCGCACCCCACCCAACAGCAACACUGAGGACAUCAAGGCCAGUCCCUCAUCAGCUGGAAAACGCAAGACCAAACCAGCCUCAGACAUGGAGCCCAAUUCCAGCUCAGAGGACACCAAAGGCAACAAACGUAUGCGGACAAACUCCAACAGUGGAGGGUUGGGGCCAACAGGUCUUCCCAUUCCUUCUAUUAAGACUGAGCCACUUCCACCUCCCCUUGAUCGCACCUGCCCCUCACCCGUUCUUAUUGACUGCCCACACCCCAACUGCAACAAAAAGUACAAGCACAUCAAUGGUCUUAAGUACCACCAAGCCCGUGCCCACAAUGAUGAUGACAUAAAGUUGGAACUAGAUGGAGACAGUGAAUAUGGAGAGGACUCGACUCUUCAUCCUGAACCAGGGAACUGUAAUGGAGCAUCUAUCUCUCAGAAAGGAUGUUUGUCUCCAGCACGUUCAGUUACUCCAAAAGGCAGGAACUUUGAUGCUCAAAGUCCUUCCCCAUCUCCUGGCAAGUUUGGUUCAAAGCAGAGUAAAAAGAAAAUUGUGGAGACGGAUCCAGAAACAGGAGGUACACCAAUGGACGGAUGUGAAGAUGGACCAUGCCUCACGGAUGAGGCCAGUAAUGAUGGUAUAGAUGAUAAGAGGGGAUCAGACAAGUCCAAAAAGGGUAGCACUGGCACAAAGGCUGAUAAAAUGGCUCAGAAAAACAUGAAGUCACCACGGCCCAUUGGCCCUGGUUCUACAGCAUCCCAGCAGAUGUACUCUUUUCCUCCUGGAAACCCAAAUUCUUCCCCAGGGCUUACCCCAAUGAUACAAGGAAUCCCCAAAAGUCCCCAAAUGAAAGGUACACAGCCUAAACCCCCUGCCAUUGGAGAUCCUGCCUCAAGUAGCUCCAAAGACAAGAAGAAGAAGGAUAAGAAGAAAAAAGAUGGUGGGAAGGAGGCUGACAGCCCUAAACCUCCAGGAAAGGGAGGAAAACUGGAGGAAGGAAAGCUACCAUACGCUGAACCUUGUGAUCAAGGGAACAAGGGGGAAGGACUCCUAAAUGGUUCCUCAGACCCACAUCAGAGUCGCUUGGCUAGCAUCAAGGCUGAGGCUGACAAGAUUUACAGCUUUUCUGACAAUGCUCCUAGCCCAUCCAUUGGUGUAGCCAGUCGGAUAGAUGGAAGUGGGAUGCCACAACCUCUCACACCACUUCACAUGGCGAACCAGAAUGGUGCUGACAGCUCCUCAGUCAAAACCAACAGCCCAGCAUAUUCAGACAUCUCAGAUGCUGGUGAGGAUGGUGAAGGGAAACAAGAAGGUGUCAAAGUGAGGACAGAGGACCAAUCCGUCAGGGAAAGUGUCAAAAAAGCACUCUUUCCAAACCAGGCACCGAGCAAAGAAUCCCCGUACUAUCCCAACUAUGAUUCAUAUUACUCCCCCAAUUACGUAAACCCCAGUCCUAGUGGGCCCAAUCCAGGCACGCCUGUGGCUGAAAGUCAGGUUAAGAUCAAAAGGGAUGAUGACCAGGACCAAGGGGAGGAGAAAGUCAAGGUUGAGGUUCAUGAAGACCGCAAACCUGACACCAGUGCUCCUGGCCAGCAGCAGCUGCAACAGCAGCCAUCAGUUAUCCAACAGCGAUCCAACAUGUACAUGCAACCUCUUUACUACAACCAGUAUGCAUAUGUCCCCCCAUAUGCAUACCAUCCCGAUCAGGCCUACCAUAACCACUUGAUGAAUACCAACCCUAACUAUCGACAACAGUACGAGGAGCGACAGCGACAGAUGGCGGAACAGCAUCGUGCUUCUGAGAAAAAGUCUGACGUAGCCAUAAAGGAACGCGAAGGUUCCAUGAAAGAGGAUUGGAAACAAAAGAGCCCAAUGCCACCCAGCCUCUCCAAAGCCCCAAGUCAGUCUGACCUUGGUAAGACACCACAGCCACCAAGCAAAUCCAGGGACUCGCCCUCUGAGCCAUCCUCCAAAUCCAUGAUGAAGGGGGAGGACCCAAAGUCCCAGCAGGCUGAAGGGCUAAAGAUGAAGCUGACAGAAGUGGGUCAUCACGGAAAGGAAGACUCAAAACAAGCACUGGAGUCCAGAGGUCAAGCUGGAAUGGAGCAGGCCAUGUGGUACAGACAGCAGUACCCUGAGAGCCAGAAGCCCCAAACGGAGGACGAACACCAGCAACAACAACCUCGAUGGAAAGAUGAAAGGGACAGAGAACGGGAACGUGAUCGGAAAUUAAAAGAUGAUAGGCCCAGACCCAAGGACAGUCAAAGUGGGCCCAAGGAGGACUGCAAAGAAAGUUCUGAUCCCAGAAUCACUGCUGAGGACCACAGGGCCAUGAGCAAAGACUCUCGUUCUAAUCCCCACAUGCAGUUCUCAUCACCACUAGCACAGCACCAAGGCUACAUGCCCUACAUGCAUGGUUACCCCUAUGGACAAGGCUAUGACCCCAACCACCCUGGAUACAGGGGCAUGCCUUCGGUCAUGAUGCAGAACUACCCAGGUUCUUACCUACCUGGAGGCUACCCGUUUUCUCCAUACGGUAGUAAAAUGGCCGGAGGUGAGGAAGGCGGCGACAAAUCUCGCGCUAGCCCCACUGUCACCAAAACGGCAACAGACUCCAAAGCCCUGGAUAUCCUGCAUCAGCACGCCAGCCAAUACAAAAGCAAAUCUCCCACAGUAGGUGACAAGCCACCCCAUGACAGGGAGAGGGAGCAGGACAGAGGAGCUGGUGGAGACAGAGAUCGGGAAAGGGAGCGUGAGAGGGAAAGAGAACGAGACGUGGACCGGCCGCGCUCCUCGCCCUCCCAGCGCAUUAUGCCCUCUCACCACCACCUGGGAUACCCCCUGCUCUCAGGGCAAUAUGACCUUUCCUAUGCCACAGGUCUCUCCUCAUCAGCUAUUGUUGCCAGUCAACAAGCAGCAACCCCCUCCCUCUACCCGCCAGCACGGAGGUGAGAACGGGAAACCUGACCGUCACACCUCAACCCUGCAAAGAUUCAUGUGACUGGAUCACAUGAGAAAAGGAUCUCCCGGGUGUUACCUUUUAGACAUCAGUUGAAUGGUGUUUCUAUCUUUAUUUUUAGUUCUUCUGCCCCGAGGCUAGGCAGAUUGUCGUCUUUUUUUUUUCCCCCGUCCCCUCGUAAAUGACCCCAAAUUCUCAAACCUUGGACUAUAACAGGACUGAUAAACCCAGGUUCAAAGCCAUCACUCUGCCCCAUCAUGCAGAGGAAACACCAACCCGCUGAUUAUCUAGUCUUUGCACUGUCAACAAAUACAAUGCAAAAAGAGACUAUUGGACUGCCAGAACAGCUUUUUUUGUUGUUGUUCUAUUUUUCUUUUUUCUUUUUUUUUUUUGACUGCAUUGUUUUUUGUCACACGC